AUGGGUCCAGCAGCAUCUGCAGUGUCGAAUUGUUUAAAAACUACUGAAUGGAUGUGGCAGUCAAAUCCAAAUCCAUAUUCGGAAUCCGAGCCAGCCGAAUGGAGUCAUUAUUCGGAUUUAGAAAAUCUAAUAAUCGAAAGAGCAUUUUCAACUAAACAAUCACGAGCCAUCUUGGAUGAUUAUUACAUUGAUUUCAAAAAGAAUCUGCAAAUAUCCAACAUUGAUAACAACAAGCAAAGACCUAUUAAGCGAGUGGAACGUAAGAGGGAAGACAAGCAUUUACGAGAAGAACGUUUUAUGGAUCUUCCUGUUAGUUCGGGACGUUCAUUCGGUGGUGAAUAUGGUUGGGUAUCGCCGUUUAUAAUAGAAGUCAGAAGAGACUUGGGCCUUGAACCAGAUGAAUUACCUUCCAAAAAAACAAAACUAAUCCCGAUGCUUGUCGAAAAAGCUGCGCAAGGUAUUAUUACAGAAGGGAAGCAUAUUCGAAAACAAUGUGAAGCCGAGGCAUUGGCCAACAUGCUUAUAGAGAAAAAGAAUAAAAAAAUGAAAGAAGUAUGGCAAUGCUGUGCUUACAUGUACACCAUGGAAAGUUUCCUGUACAAAACCUUAAACGCAACCAUGAGAUUAGUUGGAGAUAAAGAUCAUGAACAAGUAUGGCGAAGUAAAGUUCGUACAUUGGGCCCAUUUUGUUUAUUACUCUGGGAUGAUCCAUUUAAUAAAAACCUGACAACCAAUAAGACACUUUAUCGAGGGGCCACUCUGACGCAAGAACAGAUCGCUGCUUAUGAAAGAAUGGCUACAGACAAAGCAUAUGGAUCAUUUCAAGCAUAUACAUCUGCUAGUCGAAAUCGUGAAAAAGCAGAAAAUUUUGGAAAUUCUAAUACUUUAUUCAUCAUGGAAGUAUUAAUUGCUUUUAUUGCCGAUCUCAGUACAUUAUCCGAAUAUGCUAAUGAAGAAGAAGAACUUGUUACACCAGGUGUUUGUUUUAGUGUUAAAAGUGUUGAAUUCGAUCACAAGAAGAACAAACAUUUGAUUCAUUUGCAAUUAAGACAACGAUUUUCUGGUAAGCGAAGAAAAUGUUUUAUCAUAAUUUUAAUAAUAUGA